UGGUCCUGCCAGCCUUGGCCGCGUCGUGAUUCCUGUUUCUGCAUCAUGUCGGGUGGCCUCCUGAAGGCGCUGCGCAGUGACUCCUACGUGGAGCUCAGCGAAUACCGGGACCAACACUUCCGGGGUGACAAUGAAGAACAGGAAAAGUUACUGAAGAAGAGCUGUACGUUGUAUGUUGGGAAUCUUUCCUUUUAUACAACAGAAGAACAGAUUUAUGAGCUCUUCAGCAAAAGUGGGGACAUAAAGAAGAUCAUCAUGGGUCUGGACAAGAUGAAGAAAACAGCGUGUGGGUUCUGUUUCGUGGAAUACUAUUCAAGAGCAGAUGCAGAGAACGCAAUGCGGUACAUAAACGGAACGCGUCUGGAUGACCGGAUCAUACGGACAGACUGGGAUGCAGGCUUUAAGGAGGGCAGGCAGUAUGGACGUGGACGGUCUGGGGGUCAGGUCCGGGAUGAGUAUCGGGAGGACUACGAUGCUGGAAGAGGCGGCUAUGGAAAACUGGCACAAAAACAGUGAGUGGGCGAGCCCCGAGUACACAGCUCACACACAUCAACACAGUUGAUGAUGGAGAACAUCACCCAAGGUCUCAUCAGUGUCGCAGAUGUACGUGAAGCCACUUCUGGUUUUCCUCUGAAAUAUUAAAAGACAGAAUCCAAAGAAUGCCUUUAAUUCUAGUCUUAUUAGGAUGAUUUUCUGUUGUUAGGUCAAAAACUGUAUACCUGAGCAACAGACAGUCUGCUGAUUAAACUGUCAGCCGGAUACCACACUUGUAGGGAGAGUGGGCAAAAUGUCAGAACGGACUUUACAAGCACGUUGGUAAGCUUCAUGGGGACUGAGAUGAUUUUCUACAUUUUAAGUUUUCAUGUUUAUCAGUGAGGUCUUGCUACAGUCUAUAUAGCUUUGCUCUAAGUAAGAACAGGUGUGUGUCGACUGGAUUUGCCUUUUGUAUUUCAGUCUAGUAGGCACACCAGUCAGUCUUAAAUGGUCCUGGGAUGCCACGUGCUUCUCUGCUUUAUGCAUCAGGAUACUCUCAGGACUUGAGGAGUGCUCACUAAACAUUCCUCAAAAGACGCAAAUGUUUCACUGAAAGUUUAAAACAAAACAAAAAUAAGGACUUACCCAGAGAGCCUCCGAUACCCUAAGUAGGGAGGACACUGUCAGUAGGGAAUGGAGUGAAAGCUCAAACACUGCCUUGAUAUGGAAGCUGAGACUGGAACCAUUAAAUUAUUCCUUCCCAUUCCAAAAGGACCUUAGAAUAGAGUGGGCUUUAGAAAAGGGCUGCACCCAGGCCUGUAAUCCCAGCUACUUGGGAGGCUGAAGCAAGAGAUCAGCCCGGGGACCUUGUGAGUCUGCCUCAAGGGUCUACGGAAGGUUCCAGGCACAGUGGUCAGGGGCUUCCUUAUUACAUGAGGGCUCCUGAAAAUUAAGAGUAUCUAACAACAGAAAGCCUCCUCUAGGAUUGUCUGUUAUAACUGAUACACAUAUUUUAGUCUUUUUUUCUCUGAAAUUGUGCUUACUGAGGUCCAUGUAUUAAUAGUAAGCUAGAAGUCAGUUUCAACAGAUUUUUUUUCAUUUUCUUUGUAUUAU